UCAUCAGCAAUGUACUGGGUCUCAGACCUUACGUCUGAAUUAUUCUUUCAGUUGAAAAGUCAACCUGGAUCAUAAUUUCAUCUUCAAUACUUUAUCUCAAGAUUAUCACAGAUGAUACAAUGAGCUAUAUUAUUAUCUCACAGACCUCUACCCAGCCAAGGUGCAUCUAGAUGGAGGACCAUCUGAGUGAAACCAAGGACAAUAUCAUUCCAGUAGCUGAAGUUCAAGAAUCCAACAGCAGCAGACACAUGUGCUUGACUGACCUGGCAAGAUUAUCCUCUGAUCCACAAUGGAUUUGCCUGUUCCAAGCAGCAGCAGCAUGCACUUGCAGCAAGACAAUGGUUCCUGUGUGCAGAAUAACAUCAAUGACAACAGGUUAAAAGUGGAAGACCCUCGGGUGAGGAGAUAUUCCAUCCCACCAGCAAAGACUCCCACUGCAAAGCAUAUGCUUGCAUAUCUACCGCGACCCCCUACAGAUACCAGCAAAUAUGGAACCUUUCCUCAAAAGCCUGAAAGUAUGGUUGUUUCAGAAACGUCCUGCGAUGAAUAUCAUGAGAAAACAGAACACAAUGGUCCCAAGAAAGGAAGCAUAAUCUCAAGCUUUAUCCCACUUUCACAUGCCAAUAGUACUAAGGAAUCUCGCCAAAGAAGAUCCAGUACUGUGGAUCGUACCAGCUCUACUGCUGCCACCCAGCUUGUAAAACAUAGACCUAGUGUAACUAUAAACACAGAAGACUUACCACGCUACCAACGUGCUGGAAAGCAGGAAACACCAAUACAGGAAGUUGGCAAUAAGUGGCACCCUAAACAUGCCCUCAGUGUUCCAAAUAUUCCCAUGCGCAGUAAGACUCCUACUCGUAGUGUUGUAUCAGCUCCGGUCACUACAAAGUCCCACAGGAUGCGUUGUAAGCUUAUGUAUGAUGACAGACAACUCUUUAACCUCACCAACCGACAGACACGUCAGAGAUAUGUCACUAAGGAUGGAAAAUGCAGGGUAAAUCUUGGACGAAUUGAAGAAAAAAGUAGAUUCUUGUCAGAUAUUUUUACCACUAUUGUAGAUUUAAAAUAUCGCUGGUUCAUCUUUGUUUUUAUGUUGUGUUACAUUGUCACUUGGGUUGCGUUUGCAGUCAUAUAUUUUGUGGAUGCCCUACUUAGAGAUGAUGUGAACCAUAUUGGGGACCCUAAAUGGAAGCCUUGUAUUGACAAUGUAGACAAUUUUCUUUCUGCCUUACUUUUCUCUGUGGAAACUCAAAGGACAAUUGGCUAUGGGACAAGGAUGGUAUCAGCAGAUUGCCCUGAGGGUGUUAUACUGAUUAUGGCCCAGUCAAUAUUAGGGUCUAUGAUUGAUGCGCUUAUGGUAGGUUGUAUGUUUGUCAAGAUUUCACGUCCAAAAAAACGGGCGGAAACAUUGAUUUUCAGUAAGAAGUGCGUGGUGUCCCACAGGGAUGAAAAAUUGUGCUUAAUGUUUAGGAUUGGAGAUCUAAGAGACAGUCACAUGGUGGAUGCAAAGAUAAGAGCUAAACUGAUAAAAUCCCGUCAGACAAAGGAAGGGGAAUUUAUACCCUUGGAGCAAUCGGAGAUCAACUUGGGUUAUGAUACUGGAGAGGAUCGGCUUUUCCUUGUAGAGCCUCAGAUCAUCUGUCAUUUUAUCAAUGACCACAGUCCUUUUUGGGAAAUGACUGCAGAGUCCUUGAAAAGAGAGGAAUUUGAAAUCAUUGUAAUACUAGAAGGUAUUGUUGAAGCCACAGGUAUGACAUGCCAAGCUAAGACCUCAUACACUGAGGAUGAGAUCCUGUGGGGGCACCGGUUUGAACCUUGCAUGACUCUGGAAAAAGGAGCUUUUCGUGUGGACUAUUCUCACUUUGAUAAAACAUUUGAUGUUCAGACACCCUGGAGCAGUGCAAAGGAAAUGCACGAACAAAAAGAAAUGGAACAGAAUGACAGGUCCACUCUAAGCCUUUACUGGGACAACAUGCUUCAGACUUGUCUUCCUGAUGACUCAAACACAGGUUCUGAGGAUUUUAUUCAGCAUAAUCAGGACAAGGUUUAUAAUGCUGAAGAGGAAUACAAAGAGUCAAAAAGCAAUGACCUUGAUAUCUAGCAGAAUAACCGUUUUAGUUGCCAAUUAAAAAGAAUAAAUUAUCCACGACCUUACUGCUCGUGGAAAUGAAAUAUGUUUUUAUACUACCUGCUCUUCAAACUAAGCAAUGUGUAAAAAGAUCUGUACUUAUAUUAUUACAU